UAUCGAAGAUGGUUAAAUUCAGUCGAUGACCAGUUGCUGUACAGGAUGUAUCAAACAAUUUUUAUAUCCAUUCUGUUGGUUCACAGUCAUUACGCGCAAGACGGAAUGGGAUUGAUCGGUGAUGCGAUUGAAUCAUUUUCACCUUGUGACGAACGUGUACUAUCAAUGAAUCGUGUUAUUGGCGGUCGACCACAAUUGGAAAACUAUUGGGAUGGAACGCUUUAUCUUAAGAAAUGGCCGAAUAUAUCAGAAGUUCGCAUUUCGCUAACUGUAGAUAAUCCAGCCAAAAUUGAAUUAGAUCCAAAUUUGGGUAGAGUGUUGGUUACUGGUAAAACUUUUCAUAUAUCCAUAUAUGACCACCCACCAACAAUUGAAAUGGUGACUUUCAAAAUUCGUGGACCUGCUUAUGGGGCAUUUCCUAACGUUGAACAAAUAACCUUGAACGGUUUAGACGUGUGUAAAAAUCCCAGGAAGUGGGAACCAACCAUUCUGGGUACUGGUGAUACUGUUAGUGAAACAGAAACUGAACAAAAAAUCAAACCGACUUGUGGACGUCGCUUAGUUAAGCACGAAGGUCUCAUUACCAACGGAUUUGAAUCGAAAGAGGGCGACUGGCCGUGGCACGCUGCCAUUUUUCACAUAACAAAUCAACAAAUUGAAUACAAAUGCGGAGGAACUAUACUCAAUUCCAAUACAAUACUAACAGCCGCCCACUGUGUAUAUGAAAACAAUCGACCGAUAAUUAGUGAUAGAGUCUUGGUUCAGCUAGGAAAAUAUAAUUUGAAACUAUCUGGGGAACAUACGCAAGAAUUUCAGGUCCACAAAAUAGUUCCACACUCCAACUACAAUGUAGACAAUUUACGUGAUGACAUUGCAAUCAUUCGACUUUCCACUGAAGCUAGUCUAAACGAUUACGUUCAACCGAUUUGUUUGUGGGAUGUAAACAAAGUGGGAAUAUCGGAUGUUACGAAUAAAUUCGGAACGGUCAUCGGAUGGGGUGUCACGGAAGCUGAUAAACUUUCGGUAGUUUUGAGACAAGCGAUUAUGCCGAUAGUAUCGUUGACAACAUGCCUGAACAGUAACCGAGAAUUCUUCGGAGCGUUUCUAUCCGACAAAACGUUUUGUGCCGGGUUUCUAAACGGUACAAGCGUUUGUAAUGGAGACAGUGGUGGUUCAAUUACUUUUGAAGAAAAUGGAGUGUAUCGUAUACGCGGUCUCGUAUCAUUGACUGUGGCUAGACGCGACACAUUUCUAUGCAAUACGAAGGAGUAUGUUGUCUUUACCGAUGUUGCUCAAUACUUAACCUGGAUUGCUGAAACGAUCGCUCAAACGAAUUAGCCAAAAGCUCCAAAGUAAAUUGAGCUUUUUGGGGAAGUUUUUCCAUAAAGUUAUUUGCUUAUGAAUGACUUCUACGGUAACAAAACUUGACUGAUUUGAUCUUGUUAAGGCUAAGAAUAAAAUGCGAUUGAUUUCAUUGAAUAAAGUUUACUUAGCCAAGUCAA